AUGGAAACACCACAGCAGACGAGUGGGUUGGAGACACGGCCAUGGACCAAAGAAGAAGACCAGAAGCUCUUUGAAUGUAAAAGCAAAAAUCGCCAUCUAUCUUGGCCAGAAAUCGCAAUGCUGACAGAGCUAGAGAGGAGUCAUAUCGCAACGCUGGCAGGGCUGAGCAGAAGUGGUAAGAGUUGUACGGAGAGGUGGAAUAACCAUCUGGAUCCUGCUGUCAAGAGAGAGAACUUCUCCCAAGAGGAAGACGACGCCAUCAUCUGCUUCCAGUCGCUCUAUGGGAAUUGCUGGGCAAGUAUAGCAGCUCAUCUUCCAGGGCGAACCGAAAAUGAUGUGAAGAACCGCUUGUACAACCAUUUGAAGAAGAAGAAGAUUGGGAGAAGUACACGCACAAAGUAG